AUGAGUGUGUUUGUUGAGCAACAGAGACCAAGAUGCUCCCCCAUGAGUCUAGUCAUAGACUGCUUCUUACCGCAUACAGAUUUGUUACCUGAGUUCCUUCACAAUCUCAGAUUGUCCGAUCUUUUCAACCUCCCUGGUGAAUCUGUUCCUAUGAAUCCAGAGAUAUUUAGUGCAAUGAGAGCAGGGAACAUAGAUUUUCUUGAGAAGAUGAGAAGCCGCCAAACACCAGUGGCAUGUCUCAAGAAUGAUAAAGGAGAUUCCAUUCUCCACCUAGCUGCUGCCUUGGGUCAUCAUGGGCUAGUGGGGAGGAUAAUAUCUGAAUGGCCAUCUCUUCUCUUGGAACCUAACUGGAAGGAUCAGAUUCCGCUCCAUGCUGCUGCUCAUGCUGGUUUUUUAGCUGUUAUGAAGAUUCUCGUUGCGUCGAUAACACAUUUCUCAGCUAAAAUAUUGUCUGCAGAAGAGAGGGAGAGGUUUAAUGUAUAUGUACUUAAGGACAUAGAUGGAGAUACUCCUCUGCACUCUGCAUUAAAGGGGCGUCAUCUGGAGACAGCUCUCUAUCUUGUAAAUGCGAGUAAUCAUGGCUCAUUUCUUGAGAAUAACAAUGGAAUAUCUCCCUUGUAUAUGGCUGUAGAAGCUGGAAAUCUAGCCUUAGUGAAAGCAAUGCUGAACGGUCUUGGUCAUAAUGUGCAGGGCCAAAGUUCUAACUUAGCCUCAAAUUUGCAAGGGAAAAAAUCGCUUGUACAUGCAGCUUUAACUGCAAAGAAUAGAGUAGAUAUCAUUGAUGCUAUUCUUAAUGAAGAGCCAAGUCUUGUCAACGAAAAAGAUGAAGAAGGACAGACUUGUCUUUCAUUUGGAGCAUACAUAGGGUAUUCUAAAGGAGUAUGCUAUCUGUUAGACCGAUCAACUACAAGUGUCUUUGAAUGCAACAGUGAUGGUUCCUUUCCAAUCCACAUUGCAGUAGAGAGAGGUCAUGUCGAUGUUGUAAAAGAGAUUCUCAAACGUUGUCCAGAUUCCAAAGAGCUGCUUAACAAACAAGGUCAGAACAUUCUUCACGUUGCAGCAAAGAGUGGGAAAUCCAGAUCUUUGCUUUUAAGGCAUAUCAAGGCACUCGAUAGAAAGAAGAAUCAUCUGGCUGAGGAGCAAGAUGAGGAUGGGAAUACACCUCUUCAUCUAGCCACCAUAAACUGGCGUCCUCGAAAUGUUAGAGACCUUACUAAGUUUUCUUCAAACAACACUAAAAUCCUAAAUAUAAAGAACAAAGAAGGGUUUCGACCACUUGAUAUUGCAGAGUUAAAUCUACAAUCCGACUACAUCUUUCGGGAGAGAAUGACUCUGAUGGUAUUGUUAUCCGUUUACAAACCAAGAGGAUGUGAGAAGAUACCCACAAGUGGGAUGACAUUAAGAAGCAGAUCAGAGAAUUUAGAUGCUAACAAGUACAAAGAUCGUGUCAACGCACUUCUACUGGUGGCAGCUCUUGUAGCCACUGUAACGUUUGCUGCAGGUCUUACUGUACCCGGAGGCUUCAACAGCUCUCCUCCAAACUUGGGGUUGGCCAUUUUGGCUAAUGACUACAACUUCAUUUUUUUUGUGGUAGCUGACAUUGUGGCAAUGCAUAGCUCACUUGUAGCAAUAGUUGCUCUUAUAUGGGCUCAGAUGGGAGAUCCAGAUCUCGUUCAUAGAGCUUUCAGGACGGCCUUGCCAUCCCUAUCAUUGGCUUUAUACUCCAUGUCUUUCGCAUUCUAUUUUGGUGUACUUGCUACAACAAGUCACAGUUAUCUUCUUACAACCGUCAUUAACGUUGUACAUUCCUUAUUUACUUGUGUGUUUACUCGCCUCCUUGCCCCUUAUGUUGGCCCAUAUAUUCCAAGCCUUCGUCUUUGUCGGUGGCCGAUGGAUACUUAUAUCCGGAUUCUACUGCGAUUUGUUGAUGAAGACGUUGCUGAAGUACAUCACACCUCUGGCUCUGGUCAAACAUCUGUGUGA